AUGGAAGAAGAAGAAGAAGAAGAAGAAGAAGAAGAAGAAGAAGAAGAAGAAGAAGAAGAAGAAGAAGAAGAAGAAGAAGAAGAAGAAGAAGAAGAAGAAGAAGAAGAAGAAGAAGAAGAAGAAGAAGAAGAAGAAGAAGAAGAAGAAGAAGAAGAAGAAGAAGAAGAAGAAGAAGAAGAAGAAGAAGAAGAAGAAGAAGAAGAAGAAGAAGAGAAGAAGAAGAAGAAGAAGAAGAAGAAGAAGAAGAAGAAGAAGAAGAAGAAGAAGAAGAAGAAGAAGAAGAAGAAGAAGAAGAAGAAGAAGAAGAAGAAGAAGAAGAAGAAGAAGAAGAAGAAGAAGAAGAAGAAGAAGAAGAAGAAGAAGAAGAAGAAGAAGAAGAAGAAGAAGAAGAAGAAGAAGAAGAAGAAGAAGAAGAAGAAGACGAAGAAGAAGAAGAAGAAGAAGAAGAAGAAGAAGAAGAAGAAGAAGAAGAAGAAGAAGAAGAAGAAGAAGAAGAAGAAGAAGAAGAAGAAGAAGAAGAAGAAGAAGAAGAAGAAGAAGAAGAAGAAGAAGAAGAAGAAGAAGAAGAAGAAGAAGAAGAAGAAGAAGAAGAAGAAGAAGAAGAAGAGAAGAAGAAGAAGAAGAAGAAGAAGAAGAAGAAGAAGAAGAAGAAGAAGAAGAAGAAGAAGAAGAAGAAGAAGAAGAAGAAGAAGAAGAAGAAGAAGAAGAAGAAGAAGAAGAAGAAGAAGAAGAAGAAGAAGGAGAAGAAGAGCCAGAGCCAGAGCCGCCGAGCCGCCCACCCGCCCAGCCGCCGAGCAGCCGAGCCGCCGAGCAGCGGAGCCGCCAAGCAGCUGA